UAGGGGCAUUAGGGGAAAACCCAAUCGUCGCCACAACUUCUGUGUCAAUGGCUCGAUUCGUCAGAUGUCUGAGAAGAACAGUUUUCUCUAAUUCGCCCCCUUCGAUUGCGCCUAAAAUCGCUUUCCCCUCGAAUCAAAACCCUAACUUUAUAAUCAGACGCAGAUGUCUAAGCUCGGGGAGUUACGUGUCAGAAAUGCAGAAAUCAGCUUUCCAAGGAAACAUUUGCCGACUAAUCCGUAAUGAGAUUGAGUACGAGCUCGAUCGCUCGCCUCCUCUCCAGGCCCCUAGCAGUUUUGGACCAUUCACUGUCGAUGAACGGCCUGGAGAGCAGUGGAUUAGCUUGAAAAGGAAAUUUGGGGACAAAGACGACAUCAAAAUCGAAGCAACCAUGUUUGAUAAAUCAGUUCCGACGUCAAAAUCCACCAGCACUGAACCUGAGUGUGUUCUUCACAUCACUUUCGUCGUCAAUAUCUCUAAGGGCGGUGCUGGUGAAACCUUAGAGAUCAUGUGCUCUGCUUGGCCAGAUACCAUAGAGAUAUCGAAGCUCUGCAUUCGUAAAGGCACCCAAAGUUCACCGUCUUCCUACGGUGGACCAGAGUUUGAGGAAUUGGAUGAUGAGCUUCAAGACGCUCUUUAUCAGUUUUUAGAGGAAAGAGGUAUAAGCGACGAGCUUGGUGUUUUCUUGCAUCGUUUUAUGAAGAACAAAAAUAAAUACGAGUACGUUAGAUGGAUGGAGAGCGUUAAAUCUUACGUCGAGCAGAAAUAGACAUCAAAACUCUUCUGCUUGUCGCUGUUUGUUUUCUCCGAAUGCAGUAGUGUGCAUGUGAGUAUGACUCUCAUUGAUUUGGAUACGCUGAAAUAAAUUCAAUUGCAAAAUUUUUGUUGCAAUAUUGUGUAAAACCUACUCGUCGAUGCAUACGGUCACGUGUUCAAAUAAUAUCAGCUUUACAUGUCA